AUGUAUGACUCCAAUACACCAGGACAGACACCAGGACAGACACCAGGACAGACACCAGGACAGACACCAGGACAGACACCAGGACAGACACCAGGACAGACACCAGGACAGACACCAGGAGAGACACCAGGACAGACACCAGGACAGACACCAGGACAACACCAGGACAGACACCAGGACAGACACCAGGACAGACACCAGGACAGACACCAGGACAGACACCAGGACAGACACCAGGACAGACACCAGGACAGACACCAGGACAGACACCAGGAGAGACACCAGGACAGACACCAGGACAGACACCAGGACAACACCAGGACAGACACCAGGACAGACACCAGGACAGACACCAGGACAGACACCAGGACAGACACCAGGACAGACACCAGGACAGACACCAGGAGAGACACCAGGACAGACACCAGGACAGACACCAGGACAGACACCAGGACAGACACCAGGACAGACACCAGGAGAGACACCAGGACAGACACCAGGACAGACACCAGGACAGACACCAGGACAGACACCAGGACAGACACCAGGAGAGACACCAGGAGAGACACCAGGACAGACACCAGGACAGACACCAGGACAGACACCAGGACAGACACCAGGAGAGACACCAGGAGAGACACCAGGACAGACACCAGGACAGACACCAGGACAGACACCAGGACAGACACCAGGACAGACACCAGGACAGACACCAGGACAGACACCAGGACAGACACCAGGACAACACCAGGACAGACACCAGGACAGACACCAGGACAGACACCAGGACAGACACCAGGACAGACACCAGGACAGACACCAGGACAGACACCAGGACAGACACCAGGACAGACACCAGGACAGACACCAGGACAGACACCAGGACAACACCAGGACAGACACCAGGACAGACACCAGGACAGACACCAGGACAGACACCAGGACAGACACCAGGACAGACACCAGGACAGACACCAGGACAGACACCAGGAGAGACACCAGGACAGACACCAGGACAGACACCAGGACAGACACCAGGACAGACACCAGGACAGACACCAGGACAGACACCAGGACAGACACCAGGACAGACACCAGGACAGACACCAGGACAGACACCAGGACAGACACCAGGACAGACACCAGGACAGACACCAGGACAGACACCAGGACAGACACCAGGACAGACACCAGGAGAGACACCAGGACAGACACCAGGACAGACACCAGGACAGACACCAGGGACAGACACCAGGACACCAGGACAGACACCAGGACAGACACCAGGACAGACACCCAGGACAGACACCAGGGAGACACCAGGACAGACACCAGGACAGACACCAGGACAACACCAGGACCAGACACCAGGACAGACACCAGGAGAGACACCAGGACAGACACCAGGACAGACACCAGGACAGACACCAGGACAGACACCAGGACAGACACCAGGACAGACUACCAGGAAGAGACACCAGGACAGACACCAGGACAGACACCAGACACCACCAGAGACAGACACCAGGACAGACACCAGGGACAGGGACACAGGACAGACACCAGGACAAACACCAGGACAGCACCAGGACAGACACCAGGACGACACCAGGACAGACACCAGGAGAGGCACACCACAGACACCAGGACAGACACCAGGACAGACACCAGGACCAGCGAGGACAGACACCAGGACGAACACACCAGGACAGACACCAGGACAAACACCAGGACAGAAUAAAUCCCCACCUGCGGGCCGUCAUGGCGGACCCAGGGAUGUUGAGUUUGUUUGGGGAUGAUGCGGGGCUGUUCUCAGAUGGAUUUGAUGGUUUGGGAGACUCUUUCCCUCAGCAGGCAUCAUCGGCCCAGACGAAUGCCUCCAUGAACCAUGACCACCAGGGGAACCGGCCGUACCACCAGGGCAUUAUGGCCCAGGCACCGGGACAGCCAAAAAUGGGCCAGAUGUUCGACCAUGGCUCCUAUGGUGGCUAUGAUCAGACCGGUGCUCCCCCGGGGCGGAUGAUGGCUCAGAAUGGUCCGAGUCAGGGCCCAACAAAUGUCAACCCAGCCAUGAAUGGUAUGGCGUCCCACUACCACAACAACCCUGCAAACUCUACCAACCCCCACCUUGGAGGGUAUUCCGGUGAUGCAGGGGCAGCUGGAGGGGGCUGGGCACAGCAGCAGAACAGGUCGCCCUAUCCACAGCCUCCCUCGCAGGGUACUCCUAACCAGAUGGGGGGCUACCAAAUGCCUCAGGGCAACUACAGUGGGAUGCAGGGCCCUCCAGGGUCUAAUGCAGCCCGCAUGAACCAACACUACUCCUCUCCGAGCAUUGCCCCCGCCUCUGCUCAGGACCCAGCACACUACUUGGGACAUGUGGGGAUGAGCGGACCCCAAAUAAGACAUCCUCAUGCACCACAGCAGCAAGGACAAGCCUUUUCCAAUAUGGGCCACACACCUAGAUACCCCCACUCCCCCUCUCGUCAGCCCCCACACACUCACCCACUUCCCCAGCAAGGUAUGGGGAAUUAUGCUGGUGGCCAGUACCCUGGAUAUCAAGGCCAGUAUGGCGCUAUUGGACCUGGAAUGAAUCAAGGGGCUAACUCUAAUGUUGGUCCAAAUGGCCAGGGCAUGGGACAGAGGUUUCCUCAGGGCUCUGGCCCUGCGCCUGUACAGCCGGGACAGAGGUAUCCCCCUGGAGCCCCACACCAGUCCCUUCCUGCCUCUUUGCAGCAGGCAGGACAACAGGGCCAGCCUAUGCACACCCUCAACCAUACCCAGAACCAGGCCCAGAAUCACCUUGCCCCUCCAACUCAGGGAUCGUACCCGCCUCCUUCCUCGUUGUCACCCAUGCAGGGUUUGGGCACCCCAACUCCACCACCCCAGGGGAGACCUCCCAGUGCAGGACUAGUUGCACCCUCAGAAGUCUCCGGAUAUAACUCCAUGCAUUCACCACCUCACGCAAUGUCCCAUCAACAGAGACCGCCGCAGGCUCCCAUGUCUGCAACACACCCCCAGCACCAGCAGCCGCACCUUCCCCCCAAUGCAGCACAGAUGUACCCAAUGGGCCCAAACAGACACCCCAUCCCACCACAAUGCUCUGGUCCGCAUGAAGCCCCAGUGGGUCAGGGGGGGGACCAGCGCCUGCUUCAAUCCCAGCAGCAGGCAUCUCGAAACGGACAGCCUAUGCCUCCCACUCCAAUGGGUUUCCAGGGCCCUGCUGUGGGUCAGCACGGAGCUCAAGGCCCAAAUCAGAACACACAUCCUCUGCACCAACACCUGCCCCCCCACCAGGCUGCACAUCCCUGGGCACCUGCUUCUCACCCACUCUCCUCGCCCCCCCUCACCCCACAAAAAGUGCCUCACAUUCAGCAUUCCCCCUCAGACCUGUCAGGAGAAGGCUCGGUGAUGCUCCCUGACAGGCUGACCACCUCUGGCCAAAAUACCAGCACAGAGCAGCCCUGCGACCCGGAGACUAAGCCAAAAAAGAAAAAGAAAAAGAAAGCUAAAGUUCUCGACGCAGAGGAUGAAGAGGAGCUGAAGAACACUUCGGUUGAUGGAGGAGAGGAUAGGAAGUCCGAUUUUCCCGCCACAGGAAGUGAUAAAGGGGAACUAGGAACUGUAGAGGGAAUUUUGCCGGUGCAGGAGAAGAAAAAGAGGAAAAGGAAACCAAAGGACAAGGCAGAGGACGCUGAGGGUAAGGAGCCUAAAGAACCCAAGACCCCAAAAACGCCCAAAGCGCCUAGAACGCCCAAGACCCCCAAAGAACCGAAAGAGCCCAAGGAGAAGAAAGUGAAGGUCUCUACUCCCAAGGCCAAAACGCCCAAGAAAACCAGCACCAAGAAAGUGGAGGCUGAAGGAGGGGCCUGUGCUACUAAGAAGGAAUCUAAAAAGAAGAGGGAGUCCAUAAGCUUUGAGGAGGUAGAAGUAAAGUCUCCGCCACCAUCACCUGUAGAGGAGGAGGAAGAUGAUGACGGUGUGCAGAAACGCCGAUCAUGUCGACAGGUUAAGAGGAAGCGGUACACAGAAGAUCUAGAGUUCAGGAUCACAGACGAUGCAGACAGUGGGGACGAUUCCCCUGCUCCUAAAUCCCCUUCAUCCGCAUCCCAACAGCAGGACUUUGCUGAGGCAGAGGGCCCUGUUGUGGAGAAGAUCAUGAGCGUACGCAUUUCCAAGAAACAGCUUGAAUCCGGGGAGGAAGUGGAAGUGGAGGAGUUCUACGUCAAGUUCAAGGGCUUUUCGUACCUCCACUGUCGCUGGGCUGACCUGGAAGAGCUAGAAAAGGACAAAAGGAUACAACAGAAGGUCAAGAGGUUUAGGGCCAAGCAGCAACUCAACAACUUCAUAACAGAGAUGGAUGAUGAGCCUUUUAACCCAGACUAUGUGGAAGUGGACCGUGUCUUGGAUGUUUCAGAGAGCACAGACGAAAAUGGAGAGUUGGUGACCUUGUAUUUGGUGAAGUGGUGCAGCUUGCCUUACGAAGACUCCACUUGGGAGCUGAAGGCUGACAUCGACCAAUCCAAAAUAGAGGAAUAUGAGCAAAUCGCCGCACGCACGCCCAACACGAAAAGAGUGGAACGGCCACCCACGGCAGACUGGAAGAAGCUGGAGGGCUCGAGAGACUACAGGAACAGCAACGCGCUCAGGGAGUACCAGCUCGAAGGCCUCAACUGGCUGACCUUCAACUGGUACAAUUCACGUAACUGUAUCUUGGCUGAUGAGAUGGGUCUUGGAAAAACCAUCCAGUCCAUUACAUUCCUCAAUGAAAUUUACCUGAAGGACAUUCAGGGGCCGUUCUUGGUCAUCGCACCACUCUCCACCAUCCCCAACUGGGAGCGUGAGUUCAGGACCUGGACCGAACUGAACGCCAUCGUUUACCACGGCAGCCAGGCCAGCAGGAAGACUAUCCAGGCCUACGAAAUGUACUUUAGAGAUGCACAGGGAAAAAUAAUAAAGGGAGCGUAUCGGUUUCACGCUGUAAUCACCACUUUCGAGAUGAUCCUGACCGACUGCCCCGAGCUCCGCAACAUCCCAUGGCGCUGUGUGGUCAUCGACGAAGCCCACCGCCUUAAGAACCGAAAUUGUAAACUAUUGGAAGGGCUCAAAAUGAUGGACAUGGAGCACAAAGUGUUGUUGACAGGAACCCCCCUUCAGAACACUGUGGAGGAGCUCUUCAGCUUACUCAACUUUUUGGAGCCAGAGAGAUUCCCCUCUGAACACACUUUUAUGACUGAAUUUGGAGACCUCAAGACUGAAGAACAGGUUCAAAAAUUGCAAGGAAUCCUAAAACCUAUGAUGCUGAGACGACUGAAAGAGGACGUAGAGAAAAAUCUUGCCCCAAAAGAAGAAACCAUCAUAGAGGUUGAGCUCACAAACAUCCAAAAGAAGUACUAUCGGGCCAUUUUGGAGAAGAACUUUUCCUUCCUGUCCAAAGGCGGAGCAGGGGGCAGCAGCAGCGGUGGAGGAGGAGGUGGAAGUGCCAAUGUCCCAAAUCUGCUCAACACCAUGAUGGAGCUGAGGAAGUGCUGCAACCACCCCUACCUCAUCAAUGGAGCUGAAGAGAAGAUUGCAGAGGAAUUCAGGGAGAGUCACAGUGCGGACAUGCCGGAAAUGGCCCUUCAGGCCAUGAUCCAGGCUGCUGGCAAACUGGUUCUCAUUGACAAACUUCUCCCCAAACUGAAAGCAGGAGGCCACAGGGUCCUGGUCUUCAGUCAGAUGGUCCGCUGUCUCGACAUCCUGGAGGACUACCUCAUCCAGAGACGAUAUCCAUAUGAAAGAAUAGACGGUAGAGUUCGUGGAAAUCUCCGUCAGGCUGCGAUCGAUCGUUUCUCACGACCAGACUCCGAUCGAUUUGUGUUCCUGCUGUGUACAAGAGCUGGAGGCUUGGGCAUCAACCUCACUGCUGCAGACACCUGUAUCAUCUUUGACUCUGACUGGAACCCACAGAAUGACCUCCAGGCACAGGCGAGAUGUCAUCGUAUCGGACAGUCGAAGGCGGUGAAGAUCUACCGUCUGAUUACCAGGAACAGCUACGAGAGGGAGAUGUUUGACAAGGCCAGUCUGAAGCUGGGACUGGACAAAGCUGUGCUUCAGAGCAUGAGCGGCCGUGAAAACGCAAACAGUGGGGUCCAGCAGCUUUCCAAGAAGGAGGUUGAAGACUUGUUGAGAAAAGGAGCCUACGGAGCCCUUAUGGACGAAGAGGAUGAAGGAUCAAAGUUUUGUGAAGAAGACAUCGACCAAAUCCUACAAAGACGAACACACACGAUCACCAUCGAAUCUGAAGGCAAGGGAUCGACUUUUGCUAAGGCCAGCUUUGUUGCAACUGGAAACAGAACGGAUAUUUCUCUUGAGGAUCCUGAUUUCUGGCAAAAAUGGGCUAAAAAGGCUGAACUGGACCUUGAUGCAAUGAAUGGAAGAAAUACACUCGUGAUUGACACACCGCGAGUGAGGAAGCAAACGCGGCACUUCAGCAGCGUUAAAGAGGACGAGAUGAUGGAGUUUUCAGAGCUGGAGAGCGACGAAGAUGAACCGAGCAAACCUGUGUCCAAACCGAGAAGACCGCAGGACAAGGCGCAGGGCUACCCACGCUCUGAGUGCUUCAGAGUGGAGAAGAACUUGCUCGUAUAUGGAUGGGGUCGAUGGGAAGAUAUCCUGUCUCAUGGCCGUUUCAAGCGCCCUCUUCAAGUGACUGAUGUGGAGAAGAUCUGUCGAGCGCUUUUGGCCUAUUGCCUGCUGCAUUACCGUGGCGACGAGAACAUCAAAAGUUUCAUCUGGGACCUUAUCACUCCGAGUGAGGAUGGAUCAACCAAAACGCUCUCAAACCAUUCAGGUCUCUCUACCCCUGUCCCUCGUGGCAGGAAGGGAAAAAAGGGGAAGCUCCCAGCCCCGGCCACACAGAUGCCCCGUGCGGCAUGGCUUGCCAGCUGCAAUCCUGAUCACCUACUGCAGGAGGACAGCUACAAGAGACACCUGAAACACCACUGCAACAAGGUGCUGUUGCGCGUGAGGAUGCUGUACUAUCUAAGGCAGGAAGUGAUUGGAGAUCUGGCCGAGCGCAUCUUGGAAGGAGCAGACUCCAGUGAGUUGGACAUCUGGAUUCCUCAGCCGCUCCACGCUGAGGUCCCUGCUGACUGGUGGGACAUAGAGGCCGACAAGUCUCUGCUCAUCGGCGUUUUUAAACACGGCUACGAGAAAUACAACUCGAUGAGAGCCGACCCGGCGCUGUGUUUCUUGGAGCGAGUGGGGAUGCCAGACGCCAAAGCGAUCGCGGCCGAGCAGAGGGGCACUGACAUGAUGGCAGAUGGCAUCGAGGGUGAGGACGAGGAUCCUGAGUACAAACCUUUACGUAUGCCUUUUAAAGACGACAUGGACGACUUCACAAACUCCCCACUGGAUGACACUGGUGACGGUGAGAAUGAAGGUAAAUCUGGUGAAAACGGGCAAGUUCUUGCCACUGGGAGUGGGGUACCUGGGCCCAAUGAGAAGCUGUACUGGCCUGCAGCUUCAGCCCUCACCGCUCGCCUCCGUCGCCUCAUCACUGCUUACCAGCGCUCGAACCGCCGCGAGCUUCUGCGUCAGGAGGCCCUCAGCCGGCCGGACGGCAGGAGAAGACGCCGCCGCGAUUUCAUUCCCCCUAUCUCCAUGGUGUCCGAGGCAGGGGGCGGGGCAUACCUCCAAGACGGCGCAGCGGUGUUUAUGGCGGACGGGAACGCCUACCUGACCAAAGGAGGAGCCUACUUCACCAAAGGAGCGCAGUUCAUGCCUGAUGCAUCGCCGGUGUUGUCUGCAAGUCCAUUGAUGCCUGAUGGAACAAUGUAUUAUGAAAGGAGACAGAGAUGGACCCGGAGAGAGGAGGCAGACUUUUAUCGUGUUGUUUCCACUUUUGGAGUUGUCUUUGACACAGAGAAACAGAAGUUUGAUUGGGCACAGUUCAGGUCAAUUGCCAGACUGGACAAGAAGACGGACGACAGCCUUGAGAAAUACUACUACGCCUUUAUCGCCAUGUGCAAACGGGUCUGCAGGAUGAAGAUGGACACUGAAGUGCCGGAUCCUAGCCUGAUCAUUGACCCCAUCACAGAGGAGCGCGCCUCUCGGACCCUGUACCGCAUUGAGCUUCUGCGCCGCAUCCGAGAGCAAGUCCUGCCCCAUCCGCUGCUUCUGGAGCGCCUGAAGCUGUGCCAGCCCUCUCCCGAUCUGCCCGAAUGGUGGGAGAGCGGACGCCACGACAAAGACCUCCUGCUGGGAGCUUCUAAACAUGGAGUGAGCCGAACAGAUUACCACAUACUCAACGAUCCCGGUUUGUCCUUUUUGGAAGCGCACCAGCGUUUUGCAGGCCGGGGUUCCGGAUUUACCGCUGCUCCCCAAGGAGAUGUGGCUAAAUCGGCGUUGGAGGGCAGCUCUAUGUCCCUCCUCACACCGGCCGAACUGGCAAGUGCGGCAGCGGCUGCAAGCUUGGCCCUGAAUCUGGAUGAUGUUAUGGAGGAAGUUAAAGAGGAAACGGAGGAAAAUGCAGACAUUUCUUGCGCCAAAGUUGAAGCUCCUGAAAUGCCUCAAGCUGAAGUCAAAGAAAUAAAAUCUGAAAAGAAAACUGAACAAGAAGUUGAACAAAUGGACACGACGGAGGUGAAGGAGGAGAAAGCUGAAUCUUCUCCAGAGAAAUGUAAUGAGACGCCAUCAGAAGCUCUCAAAGACCAACCGGAUAUCAAGGAACAGCCCUCUUCCCCUCCUAAAGCACAAUCUGAAACAAAGAUUCCAGAAGAGGAAGUCACUGAGGUGCAAGGUGCAACCCCUAAAUCCCCUAAGUCGACUGACCCUAAGAAGAGCCCAGAGGAGGAGGAAGAGGAGAGGAUGGAUGAGGAUGACAAAUCUGAAAAGUCAUCUCAGGCUGAAGCAAGCGCAGCAUCCGAGCAGAAGAACUUUGACGAGGAGAGCAUCGCAUCUUUGAGCACAACAGCCAGAGAUGAAACUCGAGACGGGUUCUGUCCAGAUGACCUCCCAGAAACCUCAGCCCUGCAGGCCUUACAGGAACGCACAUUUUCCUUCUCCUUCUGGCCUAAGGACCGAGUGAUGAUCAACAGAAUGGACAACAUCUGCGACGCCGUGCUGAAGGGGAAGUGGCCUGUGAACCGGCGCCACAUCUUUGACUUCCAUGGAAACCUGUUGCCUGGACACGGCUCAUCUAUCGUCUCCACCGCGUCUGUCGCUGCGGGGAUGGAGCAGCGCCGAAGCUUGGCCGAGCUGGCGAUGGCCGGGCUCCACACAGGCUUCAGCGGGAGCGAGGACCCCACACUGUCUCCACAAGUGCAUGAGGACACGCUCGGCCUCGGAGUUCCCAAACAGCGGCGCCGCAGGAGGAGGAAAAUCGAGAUUGAGGCGGAGCGAGCAGCGAAGAGGAGGAACUUGAUGGAGAUGGUGGCUCAGCUCCGAGAGAGUCACACCACCGCAGACGCUCAGAGCCAGGCCAUGGACCUGACCAAGAGCAUGCACCACAAAGCCUCCCCCUCUAUGGGCAGUUUCUCCAGUGGCCUGAGCCCCUCUCUCAAGGCUCAGAUGGACCUCCUGCAGGCCUCCUCCACGGGACACAUGGCCAACGGCUCCAUGGACCUGGACCUCCCUCUGAUGAUGAGGAGGAGGCGUGGACGCAGGAAAAAUGUGGAGACUCUGGAUAUGAUGUUUAUGGGAAACAAGAGGCCUUCAGGGGAUGAGGCAGAGACGGUAAAGGUGGCCAAUGUGGAGGCUGCCAGCAAACUCAUCGCUGUGCCGGACCAGAGCCCGAGCGGCCGCUCUCUGGCCUCUGGAAGCCUGGACGACGAAGAGGCUGCAGUGUCCAACAAAGACCUUGGCGACUGGCUGCGACAGAACCCUUCCUUUGCUAUGGACAUGUCAGGAUUCGCACCAAAAACUGAUGCGGAAAUGCUCCUGUCUCAGUUCUCAAAGCCCAAGCAGAAACGCCAUCGCUGUAGAAACCCGAACAAGAUCGACAUAAACACCCUGACCGGAGAAGAGCGGGUGCCUGUGGUCAACAGACGCAAUGGACGCAAGAUGGGUGGUGCUAUGGCUCCCCCUAUGAAGGAGCUCUCCAGAUGGCUGCUGGAGAACCCUGAGUUUUCUAUUGCCCCUGAUUGGACAGACAUUGUCAAACAGUCUGGUUUUCUCCCUGAGGCCAUGUUUGACCGGCUCCUGACCGGCCCAGUGGUGCGAGAGGAGGGCGUCAGACGAAGAGGCCGUCGUCCCAAAUCUGAGAUAGCUAAAGCAGCAGCAGCAGCACAAGUGGCUGCAGCUCAAGCCGCUCAGGCCUCGCUGGCCUCAGCAGCGUCCUCUUCAGGAGGCAUCAACCCUCUGCUGCUCAACAGUCUGUUUGGUGGCAUGGACCUGUCUUCUCUCCAGAGCCUCCAGUCUCUACAGUUGGCCGCUGGACUCAUGGCCUUCCCCUCCGCUGACCCCAAGCAGGCGGCCGCCAUGCUCCCCCUCAUGAUGCCGGGAGUGGGCGGCCUCGCCAACAUGGCUGCUCUGCCCAACAUGUUCAGCCUGGGAGGUUUGUUUGGUGGCAAUCUCGCCGUUGCCCCUUCUGCUGCCACUUCCAGCACAUCAGCCGCCGCCGCUUCAGCCACUACCAACGGCACAUCUGAUGAGGGAGAGAAGCACGAUGAAGACGAGGAGGCGGCGGAUGGCACAGAGGACGGUGAGCCCAGCGCAAAGAGGAAGAAGGUGGAGUCUGAUGCAUCAGCGGAGAAUCCAGAUAAACCUGAAGACGAAGCAGCCGCACAGGCCUCCUCCGCCAGAGAGUCUGCUUCCAACAUCGCGCUCAAUGGUGACGCCGCCGCCCUGCUGGCCGCCGCUGGGAUGUCUGCUAACUCUCUGGCCUUUAACCCCUUCCUGCUUUCCACCGUCGCCCCAGGACUGCUCUACCCCUCCAUGUUCUUGCCUCCAGGGCUGGGUGGGCUCAUGCCGGGCUUCCCCUCCGCCUCCACUCUGGCUGAGCUGCAGACUGCCAUGGCCGGGGCCCUCGGAGGCACCGCAGGAACCUCUGAAUCCCAAAGCGAGGAGAAAAAGUUGGAAAAGGAUGUGGGACGAAAGGAAGAAGAACUGGACGCAACUCAAGAUUCUCUGCUGGACGAAGGGGUGGCGGCAGAGGCAGAGGAGGAGGAAGAGGAGGAGGAGGAAGCUGUGGAUUCUCCACAGAAGGACAAAAGUGACUGA